AUGAGUGGUGAAACCUCAUCCAAGCUGGGCUCGACCCUGGCCAAGGGCCUCGGUAUCAAGGUGGCAUACAGAGACCCUCUGGGUGCCACCGCCGACCCGGUCACUCGCGGAGAAUCGACUUUCUCCAUGGGAACCGCCAACACCAACCUAUACAACGAACCCGAACCGACAAGUUGGGAAUGGAUCACCGAAGUGCUCCCGACACCCCGGCAAUUGGGCCGAUACUUCAUCAGCCUGUUCCCCUUCCUCACAUGGAUCACCAACUACAACCUGCAAUGGCUGUGGGGUGAUCUCAUCGCCGGUAUCACCGUGGGUGCCGUCGUCGUGCCCCAAGGUAUGGCCUACGCCAAAUUGGCGGGUCUGGAGGUGCAGUAUGGUCUGUACUCCUCGUUCAUGGGAGUGUUGAUCUAUUGGUUCUUCGCCACGUCCAAGGAUAUCACAAUCGGACCUGUCGCCGUGAUGUCGACUUUGACCGGAACGAUCGUCCUCGAUGUACAAAAGACCUACCCGGAUUACCCUGCCCAUUUGAUCGCAUCCUCGCUGGCUAUUAUUUGCGGUGGAAUUGUGUUCGUGCUGGGUAUCUUCCGCCUCGGAUUCAUUGUCGAUUUCAUUCCUCUCCCGGCCAUCUCGGCCUUCAUGACUGGCUCUGCUCUGAACAUUUGCUCGGGUCAAGUGUCCACGAUGCUCGGCGAGACUGCCGAGUUCAGCACCCGUGGUGCUACUUACGAGAUCAUCAUCAACACCCUGAAGUACCUCCCGACGUCGACGUUGGACGCGGCCAUGGGUGUCACUGCCUGUGCCAUGCUGUACAUCAUUCGCUCGGCAUGCACUUUCGCCGCGAAGAAGCAGCCUCACCGUGCGAAGGUUUGGUUCUUUAUUUCCACCCUCCGCACAGUGUUUGUCAUUCUAUUCUACACGAUGAUUAGUGCCGCCACCAACUUGCAUCGCAAGGAUAACCCGGCGUUCAGUCUUCUGGGACAUGUUCCCCGAGGAUUCCAGCAGGCCGCCGUGCCCACCAUGGACCGCUACAUCAUCAAGGAAUAUGCCAGCCAACUUCCUGCAGCCGUGAUUGUGCUUCUGAUCGAGCACAUCGCCAUCUCCAAGUCGUUUGGUCGUGUGAACAACUACACCAUUGACCCCUCCCAGGAAUUCGUGGCCAUUGGUGUCAGCAACCUUCUCGGUCCUUUCCUCGGUGGUUACCCCGCCACUGGUUCUUUCUCUCGCACAGCCAUCAAGUCCAAGGCUGGAGUGCGGACUCCCCUCGCUGGUGUCAUCACCGCGGUUGUGGUGCUGCUGGCCAUCUACGCUCUGCCCGCGCUCUUCUUCUACAUCCCCAAGGCCUCUCUGGCCGGUGUCAUCAUCCACGCCGUCGGUGACCUGAUCACUCCCCCUAACACCGUGUACCAGUUCUGGCGUGUAUCUCCCUUAGAUGCGCUCAUCUUCUUCAUUGGUGUCAUUGUGACUGUGUUCACCUCUAUUGAGGACGGUAUCUACUGCACCAUCUGUGUGUCCCUGGCAGUCCUUCUCUUCCGUGUGGCGAAGGCCCGCGGCCAGUUCCUCGGACGUGUCACCAUCCACUCCGUGGUCGGAGACCACCUUCUGGACACCGAUGGCAAGUACGGAUCUCUCGCCAACAACAAGACCCCCUCCGACGACGAAGACCACCACCACCGCACUAUCUUCCUCCCCAUCAACCACACAGAUGGUUCCAACCCCGACAUCCAGGUCGAGCAGCCCCUCCCCGGUAUCUUCAUCUACCGAUUCGCCGAAGGCUUCAACUACCCCAACGCCAACCACUACACCGAUUUCCUGGUUUCGACAAUCUUCAAGAACACUCGCCGCACGAACCCCCACGCCUACCGCAACCGCGGCGACCGACCCUGGAACGACGCCGGUCCCCGCCGCGGCAAAGAAGGCACAGACGAUGACUCCCACCUGCCACUCCUCCAAGCCGUCAUUCUGGACUUCUCCUCCGUGAACAACGUAGACGUCACCUCCAUCCAGAACCUGAUCGACGUCCGCAACCAACUAGACCUAUACGCCUCCCCCCGCUCCGUGCAAUGGCACUUCGCCCACAUCAACAACCGCUGGACCAAGCGCGGCCUCGCCGCCGCCGGCUUCGGCUACCCAACUCCGAUUUCCAACGAAGGCUUCCACAGAUGGAAACCCAUUUUCAGCGUGGCCGAAAUUGAAGGAAAUGCAUCUGCCGCUGCCCAUGCCGAGAUCAUCAAUAACCAGCGCGAGCUCUCAUACCACAAGACCGAUGACGCGGAGCAUGGUAUCAAGUCUGAUAUCAAGUCUGAUCAUAGUGCUAUUGAGCGCGAGACUCACGGUGUUGAGAGCUCGGCUUCUGAGCACUCGGAUGUUAUUCAUGAGGACAAGUUCCAGCAUGAUCUCACGGAUAGCAAGGCUUAUAACAGUCGUCGCAAGGUUGCGCUCGUGCAGGGCAUGAACCGACCUUUCUUCCAUAUCGAUUUGAACGCAGCCCUCCAGAGUGCAGUGGCCAAUUCAUCGGACGAGAUUCCUCAUCUUGGUUAA